AUGAACGAAAAGGCAGAACUAAUCUUGGUGCCAUGCCACUCAAUAUGGAAGUCCUCAAUACAACCCAGUGAUAGAUCAUUUAAUUUGGGUCAAUCAGCUGAAUACUGGCAUUUAGCACCUUUUCAGUACGAGGGUAAUGAUCAUUUGGCAUUCAUCAAACACGGCCUAACAGCAAUCAAACUACUUCUGCAAACAACACAUGCCGCUACUGUUAUAUUCAGUGGGUCUCAAACGAAAAAGGAAGCAGGCGCUAUAUCUGAGGCACAAAGCUACUAUUUUUUAUUUGAAAGGCUGAUCAGAUAUGUAAUGAGCAAUAAUGACAUUGAAGUUCCAAACUUUGAUGACGAUCUGUGUUCUUUAUUGAAAGAGAUCAAAAACCUGCUAAUAAGUCAAAGUGUAGAUAUUGAUGAAAUGUUUUAUGGUGGUUCAAUCACUACUGAAGAGUUCUCGCUAGACUCAUUUGAUAAUUUAGUUUAUUCCAUAUAUAGGUUCGAAGAAGUCAAUAAAAAAUUUCCACAGAAAAUAACUAUAAUUGGGUUUGCGUUCAAAAUGUCAAGAUUCAUCAGCUGUCAUGCCAAGGCCAUUGACUACCCACAAUCAAACAUAACCUACGUAGGAAUUGAUCCUAAACCAAUAAACUACAACCAAAAACAACUUUCAGAAUAUUAUAAUGAUCUGGUACAAAUGGAAAACAAAAAUGCACUAAGCUUGUUUUCAUCAGAUUGGUACGCUACUAAGGAUAGAUUACUCACUAAGAAGAGAUCUCGUAACCCAUUCAAAAGAACUGCACCAUACGCUCAGAAUAUUCUCUUCAAAGGAAACGGUACGUGGAUCGAGGAUGACGAGAAAUAUUUUGAGAGGAACAUAAAGAACAAAAUGCCGUGGUCAUUACCAAGAAAAUAA